UCCAAUUCGACCCCUAGCCUGGGAACCUCCAUAUACCAUGGAUACAGCCCUAAAAGGACAAAAAGAAAGAAACAAACUCAGUCUAUUAGUCUACACCAAAAAUUCCAAAGCAGCCUGGUAUAUGCAGCAAUGGUGGCACAUUUGUGUAUGAAGGAAAUGUGGAGAGGCUGACAACUGUAGUAGGGGAGUUGGGUAAAGGGUCCUAAAGGGGAUGAUGUCUGCUGAACAAUAAAAAGGAGUUCCUAUAUAUAUAAAAAGUGGAGAAGGGUAUUUCAGAUAACAGGAAGCAUCACAUGUGAAGCCUAAUAAAUAGAAAAUUGCUAGUUCUGGGUUCUGCCAUUAACUAGCUCUAUUGAAGGUUAAUAGAAUAUCCUCAAAUCCCACUGGAAUUCCAGUUUUCUCAUCUUCGAAAAUGAAGGUUGUGGGAUGGUGGAAAGGGACAAUCUGAAUUUUCUCUAAGGUGCUUUCUAACUGGAUACCUGGAUAGUAGAGCAGAGACAGGGAUAGCUUUGGAAAUAUCAUUUUUAGAACAUGAGCUAGAAACCCCACCUUUCGUGACAAUCAACAUGAUAGGCAGAGCCUGCAGUCACUCAGACAUUUUUGCAAACAUUAAUUCACUCAAUUCACCAAUAUACAUGGCAUUGACUGAGCCAGGCCCCAUUCUAUUAGGAAGGCCACGGUCCAGCAGAGGGAGACUGGGGUGUAAAUAAGUGCAGGAGUACCAUGGGAAAUACACUGGACUACAUAGUGCAGGUUCAUGGGAGCAGUAAAAUAGAAGCUCCUAAUGCGUAUAGGUAACAUGCAGGGGAGCAGGAUUUAGAGCUCAGCAAAAAGGAACUUCCUGUUUCCUCACCCUGCUUCACCUUUUCCAAAAAGCCACAAACAUUUUCAGCCGCCACUUCUGGGAGGGCGGUAGAGCGUCCUCCCUCCCCACCUGCAACCUUUCACUGGCCCGCGGAAGCAGUUCCUCCGCACGCAGAGCGGAUGCGGUCACAGGGCUGAGCAGAGAAUUCCGGCUCACACCACAGCUUCACUCCCACGCGAGCCUCCGCGGCAGAGCCCAGCGCUGGCGAGAAGGGGUGGUCCGGCGGGGCGGGCCAUCCAGCGCCGCCAGCGGUUGGGCUUCGACCCGCUGGUCGGGACUCAGGGUCUGCUUAUAAGACAGGAGCACCUCUGUCCCGGCCACAGUGCUGAAGCUGGCGUGCCAGCAGAGACCGGGAGGCUUCGGGCAUAGAACUUGCAGCUCAAGAACCAGAGGAACUGAAAAAGAGGAGCGCCUUUCCCCACUUCUCCCAGUCCCAGCCUCGGAGGAUGAGGCUCCUUGAGAAACUCCGCGCCUCGGCCGGGGGCACUGCGGUUCAGGAGCCUACCUUCACCAAUGUGCUUACUCCUGAUCGCAUCCCUGAGUUCUGCAUCCCGCCGCGACUGCCUGCGCCGUGUGCGCUCGAGUCUUCGCCCCCGACUGCCGCUUUGCCCCGACGGUGCGCCGCCGAGCCGGACCUGUGGCCCCGGGAAGCAGACGACUGCGCGGGGCGCACGGACUGGGACCCGCGCUCGCAGGCCGCGCUCUCGCUGCCUCACCUGCCCCGAGCGCGCACCGCUUACGGCUUCUGCGCUCUCCUCGAGAGCCCGCACACCCGCCGCAAGGAGUCGCUCUUUCUAGGGGGCUCUGGCACCGCUGCGCUCCUGCCCGUGCCCCGCCGCCGGGCGCGCACCUUCUGCGGCGGCGGAGGCGACCCCCUCGCGCCCCCGGAAGAAGCCCCUGCCGCGCUUCCAGCGGCCCCUGGCGGUCUCUGCGCGCCUCCCGCUGCGCCCGCCCCGCGGCCCCGCGGCCGCCGCCUCUUGCGCGCUCCGGAGGGGCUGCUGCGCCGCGCGUUGCGUGUCCGGAGGAGCCGUGGCCUGGCCCGCGCCCGCUCCGUCUCCAGCGAGGACGCGGACGAAGAUGAAGACGACGAGCGCCGUGUCAGCUCCCGGUCCCAGCCUCAGCCCCCCGCCGCGGGCCCUCCGCCGCGACCCGCCGGCCUGCAGCCAGAGCGCCUGGAGGCCGAGGGCACUGUGGCUCUGGACCACGCUGGCGGCACCCUGCGCUUGGCCGCCGAGUACAGUAGGGUCAGCGGGCGUCUCCGCGUCCGUCUGCUCCGCGCCGACAGCCCGGCCGGAGCGGUCGCCGAGCCCCGCACCCCCGUCGGCUGCCGCGUCAGCUUCGUCCUCCUGCAGCCGCCGGGCCAGAAGCGUGGGCCUCGUGGCAACGUGAUUCGGCGGAGCCGCCGGGCCGUGUUGGAGCAGGACUUGUGUUUGGACGGGCUCUCGGAGGACGAGGUUCGCCGCCUGGCCGUGCGCAUCAAGGCCGAAAACCCGGGCCACGGCCUGGAGCGGGGCCGCCUGCUGGGCCAGGGCGAGCUGCUGCUGGGCCCCCUCCUGCUCCUCUGAGCGCGCGCCCGGGCCCUGGCGCCUUUUGGACACUGACAGCCUCUGUGUACGAAAUAAAUAUGUAUUUAUUUAUUUUUCUACACAUGUUCUUGCUUUAUUUCCAUUUUAACCUAAGAUGUCUACUUUUGUUUUCGUUUAUUGGUAGAGAAGGAUAAAAUAAUGACACUCCCCUCUCUUCAAACCCAGUCUUUUUUUUCACAAACCACUUUUUAUGUAAAAAGGUUGGUUUGUGGCUAGGAGAGAAAGGACCUACACCCCAUUCCGUUGUUUUUCCAUUCCUGAUAUAUUUCAACGCCAAACGGUUAUGGGUUUUAAAAAAUGCUAUUCCUUUGAAAUCAUGCCCAACGUUUAAGAUGCAUGUAGACAGCUUUCCAUAUUUGAUGUGGUGUCGGUUCUUAUCCUCAUUUGCAUACACACACACAUCAGGGUGGGAGACCUUCUAUAACACGGAUACCUUGCUGGGAAAAUAAUUCCUUUUCCAUUAAGAAUAGAGUUCUUUUGAAAGCGAGGUCUUCAAAAAUUGCUGAGGAAAAA